AUGUCAAGAAACACAAAAUUGGUAAAAUUACCUACCACUGCAACCACUUGCUACCACCUCUCGCUGCAACCACUUGCCACUACCAGCCGCCGCAACCACUUGCUACCACCUGUCGCUGCAACCACCUGCUACCACCUGUCGCUGCAACCACUUGCCACUACCAGCCGCUGCAACCACUUGCUACCACCUGUCGCUGCAACCACUUGCCACUACCAGCCGCCGCAACCACUUGCUACCACCUGUCGCUGCAACCACUUGCCACUACCAGCCGCCGCAACCACUUGCUACCACCUGUCGCUGCAACCACUUGCUACCACCUGCCGCUGCAACCACUUGCCACUACCAGCCGCUGCAACCACUUGCUACCACCUGUCGCUGCAACCACUUGCCACUACCAGCCGCUGCAACCACUUGCUACCACCUGUCGCUACAACCACUUGCCACUACCAGCCGCUGCAACCACUUGUUACCACCUGUCGCUACAACCACUUGCCACUACCAGCCGCUGCAACCACUUGUUACCACCUGUCGCUACAACCACUUGCCACUACCAACCGCUGCAACCACUUGUUACCACCUGUCGCUACAACCACUUGCCACUACCAGCCGCUGCAACCACUUGCUACCACCUGUCGCUACAACCACUUGCUAUCCCUUGCUAACCACCUGCUAUCGCCUGUUGGUGUGACAAUUGCGACCACCUGCCGUACAAGUACGGUAACAGUUAGCCACAAUACUUGCAGCAGUAAUUGGUUACUGUGGCGUUAUUGCAACAAGUGA